UCUGGCUCUAGGUCUGGCUCUCAAUUCACUAGCUGAUCCCACUGAGUAUGAUUUUCAAAGAAAAUAUAAGCGCUAUUAUUGCUAUUAUCAUCAUCAUUAUUAUUAUUCAAUGUUUUUGGUGGUAGUGUAACAGAGAUCAAUGUGCACCAGGCGAAUUAGCUUGUGGCCUUCAGAACAGAACUAUACUCUUCCCCCGCCCCUUCCCUCAACCCCUCCUCCCUUCCCUCAUCCCCUGUCUACCCUCACCCACUCUGGCCCUCCAAGGUCUCGCGAGAUGUGACUGCUGCGGUCAGCUGUCGAUCGCGCUCAGGGACCGUUGGGAUCCUGUAACGGUCGUUCUUCCUCGAGCCCUUCCCGCCUUUUCUGAAGGUCUGUCGAGGUCUCUUCCCCCUAUUGCCCACGAGAAGGUAGCCUAGCUCAUCAGGGAGCAUCACAUCCAGACAAACUUACUAAGCCUCGAGCAAGGGAAAUGGAAAAGGAAAAGCCUUUUAAAUUGUUUGUACCACCAAGACUAAGUAGCAGUCAAGUAUCAGCAGUUAAACCUCAGACUAUUGGAGGAGACAGUAAUUUUUUCAAGGGUUUUAACAAGUGCAUUGAAGAUGAUUUUGGUUUGCCUUUUGGAAUAACUAAACCAUCUAAACAUGGUGAAAACAUUGAUACAGAUCCAGUUUUACAAAAAGUUAAUUUUUUGCCCAGAAUUGAAGAGGUUGGUACUAACCAUUCUAACUUCUUGGAAGAACUAAAGAAUCCACAGUUUGAGACUUCAGAGCCAAUAAGCAGGGUUUAUUCAAAAUUAUAUAAAGAGGCUGAAAAGAUCAAGAAGUGGAAGGUGAAUAUAGAAUUUGAACUGAACCAGAAUGAAAAAAAAUUACAGGAAAAUAGAAAGAUCAUUGAAGCACAGCGAAAAGCCAUUCAGGAGUUGCAGUUUGAAAAUGAGAAAGUAAGUUUGAAAUUAGAAGAUGGAAUUCAAGAAAACAAAGAAUUACUAAAAGAGAACAAUGCCACAAGACAUUUGUGUAAUCUACUCAAAGAAACCUGUGCUUGGUCAGCAGAAAAGUCAAAGAAAUAUGAAUAUGAAAGGGAAGAAACAAGACAACUAUAUGCAGGCCUAAAUAAUAAUCUUGAGAAAAUGGUACAAGCUUUUGAAGAACUCCGAGUAGGAGCUGAAAGUUGCAGACAGGAAAUGCAUUUUAAGUUAAAGGAAGCAUAUGAAAAAAUUCAACAACUUGAAAAAGAACAUGUAAAAGAAGUACGUGAUAAGGAGCACAAGGUAUCACUAUUAUUGAUGCAGAUUGAUGAGAAAGAACUGAAAAUUAAAGAUUUAAAAUUGCUGCUACAAGAAUACAAUGAUAAAAUUAACCAAUUUCAAGAAAAAAUGAAAUGGCAAAAUGAAAACUUAAAAGAAUCUAAAGACCAACAGGAUCACUUGAUGUCAGAAUUAGAAGAAAUUAAGAUGUCUUUGCAAAAAAGUGAGAUUUCUCAAAAAACAUUAGAAGAAGAAUUGCAAGCAGCAGGCAAAAUGAUAAUUCUACUUACUAGAGAAAAAGAAGCUCAAAUGGAAGAAAUUAGUGAAGCUAAGAUUACACAUUCAUCAGUUGUUGCUGAAUUUGAAGCUACUAUUUCCACCUUGAAGGAAUUGUUGACAACAGAACAGCACAGAUUGGAGAAAAAUGAAGAACAAUUGAAAACACUUAUCUUGGAACUACAGAAGAAAUCAAGUGAACUUGAAGAAGAGAAACUAUGUAAAAAGAACAAAGAAUUGCAACUUGAAGAAGAAUCAAAAAGAACCUUGGAGGUAAAUCAAAAACUCUUAAAAGAAAAGAAACAUUUUGAGAUGAUUACUGAAAAACUUCAAGCAACAGAAAUAGAACUAAAUGAGACUCUUCAAAUCAAAGAGAAAGAAGUACAUGAUUUGAAAGUAAAAUUUAAUACAGCUGUUGAGAAUGAACAAAAUUACUUAGAACAGGUUGCAGAACUGAAAACUGAACUUGAACAAGAGAGGUUAAAAAGUUUUGAAUUAACUGUGAAUUUCAAUAAGAUUUCAUUAGAAAACAAACAAAUAGCACAAGAAAGGAUAACUACAAUCCAAGAAUCCAAGAAAUUGCAAAAAGAUAUUAAUGAUAACAAAAAGCAAGAAGAAAAGAUGAUGAAGCAAAUUGAAAAUCUAGAAGAAACAAAAAACCUAUUGAGGGAUGAACUGGAUGCUGUAAAAGAAGAGUUAAAACAGAAAAAUGAAGAAGUUGAAAGUAAAUUGAAUGAGAGUGAAGAAAAUGCCAGAAGCAUUGAAAAUGAAAUUUUGAAAAAGGAUAAGCAAAUAAAGAUAUUAGAAAACAAGUUUAACAGUUUAAAAAAACAAAUGGAAAAUAAAACCAAAUCCUUUGAAGAACUGCAACAAGAGAAUAAAGCUUUAAAAAAGAAAAGUAUAGCAGAGAAUAAACAGUUGAAUGCCUAUGAGAUAAAGAUAAACAAAUUAGAAUUAGAGCUAGAUGAUGCUAACAAAAGAUUUGAAGAAAUGACUGACAACUACCAAAAAGAAAUUGCCAACAAAAAUAUAUUGGAAGAAAAUCUUUUGAAAGAGGUUGAAAAAGCAAAGACAAUAGCUGAUGAAGCUGUAAAACUACAAAAAGAAAUUGAUUUAAGAUGUCAGCAUAAAAUUACUGAAAUGGUAGCACUUAUGGAAAAACACAAGGAUCAAUAUGAUAAAAUAGUUGAAGAAAGAGACUCAGAAUUAGGACUGUAUAAGAACAAAGAGCAAGAACAGUCAAUGAAAAAAACAUCUUUGGAAAUUGAGGUAUCUAGCCUCAAAAGCAAACUUUCAUCUCUUGAGACUCAACUUAAAAUAGAAACUGAAGAGAAAGAAAAACUUCUACGAGAAGCAAAAGAGAAUAAAGACUUACUCAAGGAGAGAAAGGAUAAGAAAAUACAAACAUCUGUUUCAGCAACUUCUGAAACCAGCAAGUGGAAGUUUGAUUCUAAAAAAGAUGCUUCACAAAAUGCAUCAUUAAGUGUCAAGUCAGUUGAUUGUGGCAAAUCAAAAGACAAAGAAGAAUAUUUUUGGACACCUGCCAAGAAAAGCUUAUCAAUAUCAUCAUUAAAGGCAUAUACUGUGAAGACACCAACAAAAAUGAAAAUGUUGCAGAGUGAAAAGAGAAAUCCAGUCAAAGAAGGGACAAUUAAAAAAAGAAAAAUGCUAUUUGAAUUUGACACAAAUUCAGAUAGUUCAGAACAUACUGAUCUUUUGAGCAUGGUUUCAGAUGAAGAACAAUUUCAAACUCUGUACAAGAAUUAUCCGAAACCUUCUCAUCCAUGUGUUGCAACACCAAAGAUGGAUCAUAGACCUUCAUCCAUAGCAACUCCAGGAUCAGCAUUGAAAUUUGCAGCCAUGAGAAAAAUGCGAGAAGAUGGCUGGGCUGCAGUUUCUAGAGUGGACAGGAAAAAAAAGAUGAAGGAAGCAGAAAAAUUAUUUACUUAAAAUUUAGUUAUGUAGUAGAAAUGGCCUAAUAACAAAAAAUUUUGUUACCAUAGAUUUUCUUUUUUUUUUUUGGUAGCUAAUAAUUUUUUAUUUAGGUUGUAGGUUUUCUAGAAAAAGACAAACUUUUAAAUUUAUUUUGCAUUUGAUUCAUAUCUUUAAUUCUAUAUUUUGGGCAUAAGUAUAAAUAUUGCAUGUUACUUGAAAACUAAUUAUCUUGAUUCCAAUUAUUGUUGCUAAAUGCUUUAUUACAAAACAGUUUACUAAAAUUUACUGUUAUUUUUUCAAAUAUUAUUUAUUUUUGCUCUCUAAUGAAACCAUUUUGACCUUUAAUAAAUAGUUCUUAUUGGCUCAAUGAGAUGAGCCAAGCAAAUAAUUUAACCUUUUUUAGAAUAACAUUUUGGAUAAAUCUUUAACACAUUACUACAAAAUUAGUUAUUGAAAUAUUAUUUUGUCAUACAAAGAACGCUUUUUCUAGAAAUAGUUUCAUGGAUUUUUAGGAUUCACAUUUCACAAAAUUUCAUAUAAAUAAUAUGUAAAUUCCACAUAUUUAAUUUAUGCACAAAACUCUCAAAUAAGUUUUGCAUAAGAUUCUAAGAGAAUAAGAUAAGAUUCUAAGAGAAUUUUGUGCAUAUGCAGGGAAUGGAGGGAAUCUAAAUUCUCUUUUCUCUCUGUACUAUUUCACUUGAUCUCAUCAGCUCCAGUGAAUUCAGUUGUCAUCUCUAUGCUACUAAUUCUCAAACCUGCUUUUCCAGCCCUAAUAUCUCUAGCUGCUAUCUUUAAAUGCCAAUUAGACAUCUCCAACAGGAUGUCCUAAACAUCUUAAACAUAACCUGCCCAAAACUGAACUCUGUUGAUGGCACUAUUACUAUUGAGGGAACCACUAUCAUGUCAGGCCCCCAGGCUUGCAAUGAAGGUGCCAUCUUUGAAUCCUCAUUCUCACUCAUCCCCUAUAUCCAUACUGUUGCCAAGACCUAUGAGUUUUACCAUCAUUAACAUAUCUUGCAUGUAUCCUUUUCAUUCCUCUCACACUGCCACCCUGUUAUAGUUCCUAAGUACUUACCACUUGAACUGUUGCAAUAGUAUGUUGGUUAGUUCCUUUGCUACAAAUAUUUCCCCACUCCAAUCCAUUCUCUGUUCAGCUGUCAGUGAUCUUUCUAAAGGAUAGGUCUGACUAUGUCAGUUCCCCCCACCACCCCCCACCCCGGCCAGCUCAAUAAACUCCAGUAGCUCCCCAUCAUGUCUAGGAUCAAAUAUAAAUCUUAUAUUUGGCAUUCAAUGCCCUGGUAACUGCCUCCCUCCAUUUUUCCAGUCUUUUUACACAUUAUUCCCUCCAUGUAUUCUGAGAUCCACUAACACUGGCCUCCUUGUUUCUCAUGUAAGAAAUUCUCUCUCCAGGCUCUGAGCAUUUUCACUGACCAUCUCCAUGUUUGGAAUGCCUUUUCCUCAUUCUCCUUCAAGUUCUAGCCAAAAUCCCACCUUCUACAGGACAGCUUUCCUGAUCGCCCUUGAUUCUAGUGCUUUCUGUGUAUUAUUUCCAAUUUAUCCUGUAUAGAGCUCAUUUGUGUGUAGUUUGCAUAGCAAGCAGUCACUAUGUUAGACUGUAAGCUCCUUGAGAGCAGGGACUGUCUUAACUUUCUUUGUAUUCUUAGUGUUUAGGACAAUUCCUAGCACAUAGUAGGCACUUAAUAAAUGUUUAUCAUCUGA